AUGGCCCGCCUCUGUCGCCUCGCCCAGUUUGCACGCAUUCAAUCGACUUGGACUGGCUCCAUGAACGUCCAUCCUAAAGUCCGGCCCAUUCGUGUGCACGAGGGGCGAUUUGAACCCGUUCAGGCCGCCCUCAAUGCCGCCCAAGCUUUACAGAGUGGUCAAGUCAUUGCCACACCCACCGACACAAUCUACGGACUAGCCGCUUUGGCCCAAAACCGAGAGGCCGUGCAGAAGCUUUAUCAAAUUAAGGGCCGUCAUGCCGACAAGCCCAUUGCCAUUUGUGUAGGCCAGAUCGAAGACAUUUAUACCUGGUCCGAGGUGACCGUGGCUCGUGCCGUCCUCGAGCGGCUGCUACCCGGACCCGUGACUGUGAUCUUUCGUCGAAAACCAGAACUGAAUUUGGAGUUCAACCCGGGUACGGAUCUUGUGGGUAUCCGCAUCCCGGACCAUCCAUUUAUCUUGGCCGUGUGCCAUCAAGCGCAAGGCCCCGUGGCCUUAACGAGUGCCAAUGUGAGUUCGGCUCCAAGCACUUUGGCCGUGGAGGAGUUUGCCGCAUUAUUCCCUGAGCUCCAUUCCGUGUACGACGGAGGUCGAAUAAGUGAUACCGAAGAAGCCCGUUUAGGCUCGACUGUAGUGGAUCUGUCCGAACCCGGAUCUUAUCGCCUGGUUCGUCCGGGCAGUGCCCGACUUCGAACGGUGAAAGUGUUGGAAAAAAUCGGACUCACGCCACGAUGA